AGCCGUAAACAUUGUUCGGCGUAGUUGGUUGAAGGAAAACCAUUUUGAUGUGCAAAACAUUUUUUGUGGACGUUUUUCGGCCAAUUUAAAGUGCCUGUGUGCCCGGAAAACUUGUGAAAUUGUCGAGUGUUAAGUGAACGACGACGACGACGACGACGACAAAUCGCGAAAUGCGAGAAUCGUCCAACGAGGUGAGCGCUCAGGUGUGGCGCGAUUGGAUCUUAGAGGCAAUCCGGAAGAUACGUUUCCAGAAGCAGCGUCCCAGUAUACAGCGAAUAUGUCAGGCAAUUGGGGCGCAUCACAAAUUCCACGAAGACAUUGUUGCCGUGAAGUUGGAAGAGGCCGUCGAGGCGGGUUCGGUGAUUAAGGUGUACAAUAAGGGUUUACACUCCUACAAAGCCCCCAUGGCCAGACGAUGUGUCUCUGUGAAUAAUACGACAGAUCUUUCACGUCUCGUGGCGAAGGCUGUCAAGGAGUUGGGGGAAUGCGAUGGGAGUACAAUAAAGUCAAUUGAGAAUUAUGUGCAGAAAUCAAAUAAUAUUCAAUUGGCACCUGAUACGGAUAUCAAGGAAGUUAUUAGGAAUUCCGUAAAGACCGCCGUGACGAAUGGGUUGCUCAUCAAUGAGGGGAAACUCUUUAAAGUGGGGAAAGUGAAGGUGACGCCGAAGAAGAAGACGCCGACGACGACAGCGGGAACACCACGGAAGAAGGGUACACCUGCUACAGCGACAAAUACACCAGCCCAGGAGGCUCAAACCCCAACAUCGGCCUCCACAAAGACUGGACUUGGUGCUGUGUGUGCAGAAUGUCUCGGGACAGAGCUAAAGGGUCCACGGGGUAUCCCGGAAAUUCUCAGCUCAUGCAGUGGCUGUGGCAUGGCAAUGCAUACAACGUGUGCCAAUCUCACAAGUCGCAAGGGUGCACCGCAAAUUGAAUUAUCAGCAUUGGUGGCAAAGGGAAGUGAAUGGUAUUGCGAAGAGUGUAGAUCCUGUGAAGGAUGCAAUUCGAGUACAGCUGAAAAUGGACCUUGUCUCCUUGGGUGCUUUGCGUGCCAUAAGAAUUAUCAUUUUAGCUGUUUGGAUCCAGUGCCUGUGAAGAAAAUCAAAUGUCCAUGGAGGUGUCGCCUCUGUUUGGAUCACCAUGAAAAGAAGCCAAGUACGAGCAAGGCUGAGGUGAAAAGAAGUCCUGAUCGUAAAGGAGCAGCAGCCAGAGAGAAGAAGAAUGAAGGCAAGAAAAGAAGUAGAGUUUCCCCGGAAAAGCCAUCGAGUGGUGGAAAUGUGACGACGACAAUGCCAUCACCGCAGCAGCAGCAGCAGCAGAGCACGAAACGUUCACGGGUACCACCAAUUGUGGCGUCAACGACGGAAGAUUCGGAGGAGGAGGGCGAUUCGGACGGGAUUCCGGGUAAAAUGAUGAUGAAUGUUGUCCAGGAGAACAAAUUUAAGAGUGGUGGCCAGAGUGGAAGGAGAGCACCUUCUAGUUUAAAUGUUGUCGAUUGUUCCCCAUUGUUGGGGGGUGGUGGUACGGCGUGCCCGCAGCAACAAUUAGGCAAAUCAGACCGUAUUUCGAAAGAGAAGCAGAAAUUUUUUCGUCUGCACGCUAUCAAUAGUGAUCGCGGUGGGUGUACCAACAAGGUAUCGCCUGCUUUUCACAAUAACAUACGUGAUAGCUGUGAGAGUGAUUUAGGUGGUGGGAGGGGUGAACACUUUCGCGGGGAGAAGGUGCAGAAGCAGCAUCGAAAGAGGCAGGAACAGCUGUCGGAUACUACGUCGUCGUGCUCAAGUAGUGAUGAUGAUGAUGACGACGACGAUGAUGAGGAAACGUCGUCAUCAGGAUCGUACAGUUCGAGUGAUUCAGGUUCGGGUUCCACAUCGUCCAAUACCUCAUCAUCAGACGAUGAUGACGAUGACGAUGAUGAGGAUUUUGAGAGGAGUGUCAAAGGAAAGAAUGUUAAGGCUGCACCCGUGAAGAAGGAGGGCAGCAAACAAAUGUUCAGUGCGAGCGGAAAGUCACGUGUUGAGGCCUCAGGGGGGUUGUUUAACAGCUUCACAGUGGGGGAAAUGAAUAAAGAAGGUGGUGGGAGUGGUGUUUGGGGUUUUGCAGCGGAAGCAAAAAAGAAUUUGGAUAUUUUCUCCAAAGAAUCCGCCACAUCAUCGGGCACAGGGGGGCAUCAGAAUCAACAACGAAUCUUUGGGACAUUCCCACAUGAUGGUGAGGCGAAUGUCAUAAAACCCCCGAGGCAGCAGAAGGUGGCAAAUGCCAAGCAGCAGCAGGGUACUUUUGCCACAUUUGGCACACCGAAGGGUUCGCUGAAGCAGGAAAAGGAACCCCAGAGGGUUGUCCUCAAGGAGACACGAAGUACAUACAGGGAUUUUGCAAAGAGUCUGGCGGAGAAGAAGGCAAAUGAGGCAGCAGCGAGUCGGCAGCAGCGGAAGCAGCAGCAGAAAAAGGCGGGAAAUGUGACGACGGAGGACGGUGGUGUGGCGGAUGAGCAGACGCAAAUGACGCCAAGUGGUCUCGUAAAGUCUGCAGUGAAUUCGAAGAAAUUGGAGCACGAACGAAGAUUCAUGUCUCUCUUCAAUGAUAACAAAUUAUUUAGUUUGCCUGGUGCAUCCACGGGCAAUACCACCGGAUCCGAUGACACGGCAUCGCAACAAAAUACAAAUCCUCCGUCCACAGCACGUCCUGCCUCGUCAGAGAAUCAAGCUGUGACAUCCCAGCAGCCGCCAUACGGCAGUAGUCAGAAUUCAAUGGAACAACAACCCCUUCCACCGGGUGUGACGCAAAAGGAUGUUCAGCUUUACAAGGAAAUCCGGGAGAAGGCCGUGGAAGUUGUGACUGAAGUGAAUCCAGGUGGAAAGAUGAAUUUAGCCGUAGCGGGGAGUUCUCUAACGCCAAAGUACCUGAGUCCACCUUCAAUGGCACUUGUGGCGCAAGAAAGGUGCCCAGCGGCCAUUGAAUUUGGUCAGUGGGACAUUGAUACGUGGUAUUCCAGUCCAUUCCCUCAGGAAUAUGCUAGGUUACCCAAAUUAUUCCUGUGUGAAUUCUGCUUGAAGUAUACAAAGAGUAAAGCCGUACUGGAGCGUCAUCAGGACAAAUGUAGCUGGCGUCAUCCACCUGGAACGGAAAUCUACAGAUGCGGGGAUUUAUCGGUGUUCGAAGUGGAUGGAAAUGUCAAUAAGCUGUACUGUCAGAAUCUCUGCCUCUUGGCAAAAUUAUUCCUCGACCACAAGACUCUCUACUAUGAUGUUGAACCAUUUCUCUUCUAUGUCCUCACGCGAAAUGAUCGCAAAGGAUGCCAUUUGGUGGGAUAUUUCUCAAAGGAGAAGCACUGCCAGCAGAAAUACAAUGUUUCGUGCAUAAUGACAAUGCCACAGUAUCAACGGCAGGGAUAUGGGAGAUUUCUCAUUGAUUUCAGCUACUUGCUGAGUCGUGAGGAAGGACAACCGGGGACACCGGAAAAGCCCCUUUCGGAUCUCGGAAGAGUCUCCUACCAUGCCUACUGGAAGUCCGUUGUACUCGAAUACCUCCAUGAGCAUCGCAAAGAAGCUUUCUCAGUGCGAAAAUUGGCAAGAGUAUCAGGGAUGUGUAUUCCUGAUAUUGCAACAACGCUGAAUCUUUUGGGAUUCCUCAAGCAAAUACCACGUGAGGGUGAUGAUGAGCCCGUAACGACGAUUUGUGUUGACUACAAAAAAGUCGAUGCUCAUCAGGAGAAGGUGGCAAAGAAUAAGACACGAAUCUACAUUGAUAGUGAAUGCUUACGAUGGACCCCACUCCUAACGCCUGCAAUUAAUCCCUUUCGAGGUGAUUCAGACGAUAGUAGCACAGCGGCAUCGCCAGAGAGGAAAAAAGAUGCUGCGGAGAAGUCGUGUGAAUCGGCAGUGGAAGAAGAUGGCAAAUCCCAUCCAAUCUCCGUUGUAGCUGCACUACAGAGCAAUAUAAUUGACAACAGUGGGGUGAAGCUGAAGAGGCGACGGUACACAACAACUGGACAGAGAUUGCCGAAGACACCAAAGAAAACUCCGGUUGUUGUUCCGCCAGCACCGCCAAAGCCCAAGGAAACACCCCAGCCUAAGGCUCAGUUAAAGGCACAGCCGAAGGAGAAGCCUCCAGCAAAGGAAAAGGCAUCGCAACAGCCAAAAGAAAAGCCUCAGUUGACACCUCAAACACCCGAGUACCUCGAUACAACAUCCUCCGGGAGAAAACGAACGCGUCCAAGUAAAUUCAAUGAGACCACCUUCCGGGAUAUUCGUUUCAAGUCAACAGAUGCAUCUGGUUGCGAUGAACCUCCUGAAGAGACAUCAAAACCUCCCGCUAAAACAUCCAGUUCAUCUCGUAGUAAACGACGUACUUCCGUAGCAGCUGCUUUAGCUCAAGAAAUGGAACGUGAUUCAUCGCCUGAAAAGAAGAAAUCGAAGCAUUCGAAGAAAGAAGAAAAAGCAGAAAAGCUUCAGGAAAAACGGGAGAGUACAGAUAAGGAAGAAAGAUUAGUGGAGAAGUCAUCAAAGCCAGAAAAAGCGGAGAAAAGUCAAAGACAUGAGAAAGGUGAUAAAUCAUCACCGGAGAAGAUUGCAAAAGCUGAACCUGAGAAAGUUGUCAAAGCAGAGAAAUCAGCAAAACAUGAAAAAUCAACGAAAGCUUCUCAGGAAAAGUCUGACAGGGCAGUGUUGGAGAAACCCGAAAAGGCGCAACAAGAAAAGGUGCAACAAGAAAAGGCUGAAAGAACCGAGAAAAUCGAAAGAAUGGAAACUCCAACGCGUUCUAGUAGAUCAAGGAGUGAGACAAAGAAGGCUUUAGCUGCAACCACAAGUCAAGAAUCAGAUACUCCAUCGGAAAUGAGUGAGAGUUCUCCAGCUGCUGGAAAAUCACGACGUGCACUGAAUAGAACACCAGCACCACCAAAUCGGGGUGUAAGGCAUUCAUUGAGACAAGAAGCACAGAGUAGGGAUAGGAAGAAGGAGUCAGAAGUACCUGAAGAGCAACAACCAGCAAAAAAGAAGGCUGAAAAGGUGAAUAAAGUAGCUGAAGAUGAGAAGAUUGAAACAAAAAGUCCUGUUACUGUUAAGCGAAAACGCGAAUCUGCUGCAAAAUCAAAAGGAGGUGCUGGUGGUAGUCGAGAACUCGUGACAACCAGUGAAGAUGAGCAACCGGCAAAAAAGCAACUAACAAUUCCGGAGAUUCUUAGAGCAAAAGAAGCAAAAAAGGAGGCAAAUACAUUGAAGAAGAAUGAAACUACAGAGAAAAUUCGUGAGAAGACAAAAGAGAAACCUGACGUACAAGCGAAGGAAACCGAGAAGAAUGAAGAGGUUUUGAAGGAAAAGAAGAAACCAGUGCCAACACCUAAAUUGCGUAGUAAGAAAAGAUUACGGGAAACUGUUGACUCCACUUCCCAAGAAUCCUCCGUAGAUGAUGAAGUUGAGGAAAAGGAGAGAAAAACUCCCUCAAAUAUUCAUCAAGUGCGAAUGCCGACAAUUCCUGUUGUUCCCAUUGAUGCUGCUACACGUGCUGAAUCCCCCAAAGAGGUGCCGCCGAAGAAGGAAGCGCAUCCGGAGAAGACAAAGACUGAGACAAAAGUGUCAGAGAAGGUGGUGAAAGUCGACGGAAAGAGCUCUGAGAAGGCAAAAUCUCCAGAGAAACCCAAGACUGACAAACCAACAACUCCUGAAAAGGUAAAAGUGCAGGAAAAACCGAAAGUGCAAGAAAAGCCGAAAAGCCCGGAAAAACCUAAAUCAACUGAGAGUCAGAAAAUACAGCCAGCAGAAAGGCCGCAUGAAAUACAGAUUAUCUCAGUUACGUCACUCGCUCCGGAGGCGGCAAAUUCGAAGAAAGACAGUUCAAUGGAUCUCCAUGCUGAUGCAGUUGCAAAGAAAACAAAAAAGCAAGUAAUGAGGGAUGUUCUGAAGCAAGAAAAGUCUCAGUCCUCUUCAUCUAGUUCCUCCAGCUCAUCGUCUUCGUCCUCUUCUUCAUCAUGUUCAUCUUCGUCAAAUGGGAGUUCGGCAUCAGAAGAAAAUAAUAGUCAGAGAAGUUUGGACCUUCCAAAAAACAAGGAGAAACAGCAGCCACCAACAACGGUUAAACCGAUAGAGGUAGAGAAAUCUGUUAUUGUAGCAAAAACCAAUAACACCGUGACUGAAUCAACUGUUUCUAAUGUUGCAACUCCCAAGACUUCCACGGCAAAGACUGUCGAGAGUUUGAAGGUAGAAGAAAAGAUGGGUGAUGUGUCAAUUUUUGGAAAGAAAGAGAAUCAAGAAAAAGUCCCCGUGAUCAAGGAGAGUAAAAAGAGUAUUUGUGAUGAGAAGCCCAUGGAUAUUCCCAUGACCCCAGAGAAUGCAACAAGUGUUCUCAAAGUAAAUGAAAACUACACGUCUAAAGCUCACAGUGAAAUGCGUCCGAAUGUUAUUGUUGAUCCAAUUCCAAUGGAUAUUGAAGUUGAAGAGCCUCCAAAGGAGGUGAAGGUGGUGUCGGAGAAGAAGGAAAUGUCUCCAGAAAAACAAAAAUCAAAGGAAACGGAUGAACCUGUUGCUAAAAAAAUCAAGACAUCUCCUAAAAUUAAAGAUGGAAGUGAUCCAAAUAAAAUUGUUCUCUCCGAUUCGGAGUCAGAGACUGAAAUUGAUGGACAGAAAAUAAAGAUCCUGAAGAAUCCACCGGAAGAUCUUGUGAAGAAUGUUAUAAAGCAAGUUGAAACGGAACUUCCGACUCCGACGAAAGAAAGUAAGGAGAUGUCUGUGAUUAAGAUAAGUAAAGAACAAAUGGAAAGUUCCACAAUCCCAGCUGUUCCGGUGUUUGAUGGUGCAGAGAAGAAGGAUGAAGGGGCUUUCCAGCCAAAAAACUUAUUGGGACAUGCUAAGCCAACUGGUGGAGGUGGUGGUGGUGGAAUGAAUCCUGCAGUUGCACCGAAUCAACCUUCAGUUGAAGACACAAAAGCUCAACAGAAUGUUGAUAGAGAUGCUGAAAAGUUGUUUACAUCACAACAGCAGCAACAACAACAAGUACCUGCUCCAAAACCUCCAGAGCGUCUUUCAGAGGUUAGGAGAUCAUCCAAGGAUUCUCGAUCAACACCUGCAUCUGCAACAAAACCACCCCCAUCUGCUCAAGAAAGUCAAUCAUCCGUUGCAAAGAAAUCUCAAUCAACUGGAACGGAUUUUAAACCUGAACACAAAUCACAUAGUCGAAGUAAUAACCUGGAUGCAAUAAAAAGUGAAACAAGGUGUAAUCCAGCAAUGGAAUUGGGGGGUAAUCAACCGAGAAAGGAUGAUUCACCUAAUAAGAAAGAGCACAAAACUUCAACGUCUGUUGGAACGAGCACACUAUCAGCAUCAACAUCAACUACAACGGCAACAGUGUCAAAGGGUAGUGAUGGACAUUCAGUUGCCAGUAAUAGUAACAGUAGCAGUACGAAGACUCAGCAUCAUCAGGAAAGUACAGCCAAGAAUACAUCCACAUCAUCUUCAUCUUCGUCCUCCACUACGUCGUCUGCAUUAUCAAGUAGUCGACAGGCAUCGAAGCAACAGGCACUGCAGCAGCAGCAGCAACAGUUGCAACAGCAACAGCAACAGUAUCAGCAGCAACAUUCAGCAGCUGCUCAGCAGAGUAUUUUGGAUCAGAAGGCAAUUGAAUUGAAUAAAAUGCAAUUUGCCACGAUGAAUUCCCUGCCAAACUACCACACAACACAUCCGCAGUAUUGGCAAUGGGAGGCCUACUACCAGGGUUACAAUCCCCUUCCGCAUUUGGAUCCAACAACACAAAAAUCCCCCAAUAAAUUCCACAAAGAUCUCGCUUCGUCAAUGGCCUACGGACAUGGAUUGCCGCAGAAUCUCUAUCAAAAUAGCCUCACAAUGCAACCCCAACCACCGCAGACACAACACAUUGCCCCGCCAAUUGUGAAAGAAAAAUCCCAGAGGAGUGACAAGCAGAAGUCGUCGAAAUCAUCAAAAUCCGAUGAGAAGGCAUAUCAGGGAAGUGGAAUGAGUGGAAGUAUGGUUAGUAAGGGUCAGCAGUAUUCGAAUGCAAGUUCUCAGAGUAUGUCGUCUUCGAAUGCUUCGUCUAAAUCCAAAGGGCAUCAUCAUCAUGGGAAGAGUGAGGAGAAAACUUUGGCAGCGCAUAUGAAUGCAAAUGCUGCGCAGCAUCAAUCAGCAGCUGCCAUUAUGGUUAAUAGUCAUCAGGAAGCAAUGGCGAAUCUCAAUUCCCACAUGCACCAUCAGCAGCAGCAGCAACAGCAGAGUCAUCAACAGCAGCAACAGAUGAUGGGGAAGUCUGAAGAUCACACUGAUGUUACGACGGUGACUGCGGAUAUAAAGCAGCAUAAUACACCCCCGUCUACGGAUAUCCCCUCAAUGGGUGUCUAUACGCCAGACUCAACGACAAAUUCCGUGCAUAGCUUGCACUAUGGGCAAUGUGAUAUUGAUGUGAGUCAGUUGGGAUUGGAGUCACCAACGAGUACAAGUAGUGAUAUUGCGUCACAAAAUUCCGUUGAAAAUGUGAGACCACCGAGUGUUGUACCUCAGCAGCAUAGUCAACAAGUGCAGCAGCAGCAGUAUUCAGAUUGUUCGGUGCAUCAGCAGCAUCAACAAAUGCAGCAGCAACAACAACAACAGCAGCAGCAGCAACACAUAAAUAUGGUACCAACAUCAAGUCCGCAGCAUCAAAUGGCAAUGGCAGCCAUGGCGGCGGCGGCAAAUAUGGUUCCAAGUCAGGGAAUGUCACAGAGUCAAUCGCGUAAGAUGUCACAGCAGCAUCAUCAGCAACAGAGUCAGCGAAGUGGUGGGAGUGCAGCGACAAAUCGGGCAUCAACGCCAAAGGUGACAGCGGGGCAGCAUCAUAGGAACACAUCAACACCUGGGGCUAAUAAUCAACGGCAGCAACAUACGGCUACGCCACCUGUGGGGAAUAAUAAUCAACAAAUGGCCAGUCCAAAUCAGGCGUCGCAGCAUCAGCAGUUGCAGCAUCAGCAUCUCAAUCAGCAAGCUGCUGCACAGCAACAGCAACAAAAUUUGCAGCAUAUGCAGUAUGGGCAUAUGUUGCAUGGGCAUCAUCAUCAAGCUAUGACACCACAGGCGGGUAACUACAUUGGUGCACCGCAGAUGACGCAGAAUUUCCCCGCACAAUCCCCCAAUUCGUAUGGUUCAAUGACAACGGUCAUACAGCAUAGGAUGUCGGGGACACCGCAUGGGAAUUUGACAGCUCAUAACCCACUAUCGAGUCCACAGCAGCGCCUUGGCCCGUCGCCAUCGGCAUGUUCGGCAGGGAAUAAUUUCUACAUUCAAUCACCAGGGAAUGCGACGCAUCAUCAGAGUCACACGCCCGUGCCGCAGAUUGCCACGCCGACCCCAUCGGCAACACCAACGCCACAAAUGAGCGGUGGUGGGGGACCACCAAGUGGUGCUGGACAGGCAGCAGCGGGGAAUAUGUGUAGCCUUUCCAAGUUGCAACAACUGACAAAUGGGCUGGAGAUGAUUCAACCAGGUGGAGGAUGCAAUACCCCACCAGCGGGAACGGUUAACCUAACCCCACCGCCAAAUCAUCAUCCCCACGCAACGAUGACACCACCCCCAACGCAUUUGGUGCAACAGAACCCAGCCCGGAACAUCUCAACGCCUCCGGCUUCGCUGCAAUCGCAAAUGGCGGCAUCCCUUGGGUACCAUCACAAAUACUAUCCGGGUAAUGUGAAUUCACCCGUUGGCGCGGGGAAUGGGGCAGCAGCUGCUGGGAGUGGUGGGGCGAGUAGGACAUCGAGGAAUACAGCAUCAGCUCCGGUACAGCAUAUGCCGUCAGCGGCGGCAGCAGCAGCAGCAGCUGCAGCAAGUCGGGUGAGUCCAAAUGUGACCAUAAGUCCGAAUCUUAUGUCACCCUAUGGCACUCUCAAUGGCUACCGGAUGGCGGCACAGCAGUCAGCGGGUUCCGUUGCCACCUACAUCACCAAUUCAGCUGCAGCAGCGGGCUUCAACCCCCAACUUCCGGUGCAGAUGAAUGUGAUGAAUAUGCAGAGUCAGUACCAAGAUCCAGCCUCAAUUCAACGGGCAGCGCAACAGAAUUCCGUCUAUUCGCCGUACUACAUCUCACUCAAUGGAUCAAUGCGUCGGUAGAGUACGAGAUCGUCACCCAGCAAUUGCUGGGUGACCAAAACUGAGCCACAGGAUGUGGACAAUGACGAUGAUGAUGAUUACUAUGACUAAAAGAAAAGACAUUCCAACUUCUCUUGCAUGAGAAUCAAAUCAAAGUAAGCCUGUGAGUGUUGUCAAGGUGAAUCCACCGCGACGCUCAAGGGCGCAAAAAAAUGUUUAAAAAAAAGCAAAACAAAGAAA